UUAUAUACGAAUUUGAGGAAAGAUCCAACCACAAAACUCUAUUCUACACGGUCUUACCUGCAUUUCUGAAUUUCACUUUUUUCUACAUAAAUAAACAAACUGAUUUGAUAAAGUUUUAUUUUACUUUUCUUCCUUUUGUUUACCAAAAAAAAAAAAGAGGAUAAAUCAUUUAGCCUUGCACUGAACUAGUACAUGGCGGCCAUCCCCUCUAAUGAAAUGGUGCUUGAUGAGCUGAGACAUGGAUUCGCCCAGUUUGAGCUGGUUACUUCUCCAGUUGCUUCAGUUUCUGCUUCCAGUUACAGAUCUCAUCAAAGAGGAAACCCAUUUGCCGUUUUCUCUGGCGCCACUGGUCAUCAAUUUUUUGCCAGAAUAGGAACCUCACUAGGUGGAGCUUCACCAGCCUUAAAAAAAGUAGAACAUUAUUCAGUACAGAAAAUAACAGGUGAUGGGCGCUGCAUGUUUCGUGCACUGGUAAAAGGGAUGGCUUAUAACAAAGGCGUGAAACUUCACCCUCAAGAUGAAAGAGAUGAUGCAGAUGAAUUAAGGAUGGCUGUAAAGGAAGCUAUUUGUGAUGAUGAGAAGGAACUUCUUAAAUAUGAAGAGGCCUUGGUUGCCAUUACAGUUGAGGAGUCUUUGAGACGAUAUUGCCAACGAAUUGGACGGUCUGAUUUCUGGGGAGGAGAGUCAGAGCUACUGGUAUUAUCGAAGUUGUGCUGCCAGCCAAUUAUGGUAUACAUACCAGAACAGGAGCAUGGAGGAAGGGGCUCUGGUUUCAUUCCUAUUGCAGAAUAUGGAGCUGAGUUCCGUAAAGGUUCGAAAAACAGAAAGGUUGUGAGGCUCCUUUAUAGUGGGAGGAACCAUUAUGACCUACUUGUAUAACAACUUUCUCACAUUCAAGAGUUUUAACAGUGUAAUUUUUUCUGAGAAGCCAAGUAUGUUCCACUACUUAA